AUGGCGGCACUCAGUCGCGCAUCCAGCACCGAGGACGAUUACAGAAGCGUCCUUCAGGCGGCAGUGCACGAUCGCAUACGAGAUGGACUGGAGGUACACGCUCGACGACGAAAGCGUGCAAACAAGGACUUAGAUCUACCUUUCCCUACCGAGGAGCAAGACUUGGAGUUGACCAAGACCGCAACACGCUGGUCCAAGGAUGUUGGUCUUGCACCCACCAGUCUCUCUGACAUUGAUCCUCGACUCGACCCUGAAAGCGAUGCCUUCAACUUUCGAUUUUGGGCGUCGACAUUCAUACAACUGGUGAAAGAGGAUGUUCUCCAUCGCACCACCGUGGGAUUCUCAUUCACGUCUCUCACAGUUUCGGGCUCAGGUGCGAGUUUAGAACUCCAAAAGACAGUGGCUUCACCCUGGAUUGCCCUCUUAAGGCUUCCCAUGCUUCUUUCCAAAAAGAGGAAGCUGCAGCCCAAGACCAUUCUAAACGACCUCAAUGGCGCCGUCGGUACCGGUGAAAUGCUCCUGGUACUGGGCAGACCGGGAAGCGGCUGUACAACAUUCCUCAAAUCAAUUACUGGCCAACUACACGGGUUAAUGUUGACUGCAAACUCGGUCGUUGCCUAUGACGGCGUUCCACAAGCCACCUUUAUCACAAACUUCAAGGGCCGAGCAGUAUACUCUGCUGAAAAUGAUGAGCACUUCCCGAACCUGACUGUAGGACAAACCUUGCGCUUCGCUGCAGCCACCCAGACACCUCAGUCACGAAUCAAAGGCGUUGAUCGAGACUCCUAUGCCACCCAUAUGGUCGAGGUGAUGAUGAGAAUAUUCGGCCUCACGCAUACCCGGGACACCAUGGUCGGGAAUGAUACCAUUCGAGGUGUCAGUGGUGGUGAACGAAAACGGGUCAGCAUUGCAGAAAUGGCAUUGACUCGAUCCUCGGUGGCGGCUUGGGACAAUGCGACCCGGGGUCUUGACUCGGCAACAGCACUUGAGUUCAUUCGCUCACUGAGGACGAUGGCCGAUGUAGCCGGAGUUACUCAGGCGGCCGCGAUAUAUCAAGCCAGCCAAAGUGUCUAUGAUCUCUUCGACAAGGUAUUAGUGCUGUACGAAGGCCGACAAAUUUACUUUGGCCCAGUUGAGUCGGCCCGGACGUAUUUUGAGAGGAUGGGUUGGUCUUGUCCACCACGCCAGACGACUCCAGAUUUCCUCACAUCGGUCACGAAUCCUUCUGAAAGGCAACCUCGCAGUGACUUUGAUGGGAAAGUUCCAAUAACAGCCAUCGAGUUCGAGGCAUACUGGCGGAGCUCCGAAGAAUACCGAGCCUGCAUAACAGAGCUUUCGCAGAAUCAAGAGAGCCAUCGACAAACCGAUCGCCUUCGUGCUCUGCAAGCCGCGCAUCACCAGAUGCAGGCGCACCAUACGCGGGACAAGUCACCAUAUCUGAUCUCGGUUUUUAUGCAGUUGAAGAUCUGUAUGAGGAGAUCUUUCCAGCUAUUCUGGAACGGCCGCACGUCGACAGUGACACUGAUAAUCGGUCGAAUCAUCCUUGCCUUCAUCAUCGGCAGUAUCUACUACGGCCCGUCAGGAACUACAGCAAGCCUGCAGUCUCGUGGGUCUGUGAUCUUCCUGGCUACCUUAACGAACGCACUGCUGGCUGUGACCGAGAUUGGUUCACUGUUUUCUAAGCGUGCAAUAGUCACGAAGCAGCAGACCUACGCGCUCUAUCACCCUUUUGCCGACGCCUUUGCAGCCUACAUUGUGGACAUUCCAGUCAAAUUCUGCAUCUCAACAGCGUUCAACCUGGUGUUCUAUUUUAUGACUGGGCUCCGACCAGAAGCUUCGAGUUUCUUCAUUUUUCUCCUUUUCAACUUUUUCUGCACUCUUUUGAUGUCGGCCAUUUUUCGAACCAUUGGUGCUGCUUGCAAGCUGCUCCCACAGGCCUACGCCAUUGCUGGUGUCGGAAUCCUCGUCCAGGUGAUGUAUACGGGGUUUACACUUCAGACCAGAUAUAUGCGACCUUGGUUUCGCUGGAUCAGUUAUAUCAACCCGGUGGCGUACAUCUUCGAAGCUUUGUUGGUGAAUGAGGUCCAUGGAAGACAGUACCCUUGUGCUGAAACAAGCCUCAUACCCCCGUAUGCCGGCGAUACAAAUUUCGCAUGCGCAUUCAUCGGAGCUCAGCCAGACUCACGCAGUGUCUCCGGUGACGACUGGGUAGCUUCUGGUUUUGGCUACAGCUACUCUCAUCUCUGGCGUAAUUUCGGAAUCGCCAUUGCUUACUUGGUGGUCUUUCUCGUGCUCUAUUUGACUGCUACGGAGUUUCGAUCCAUGGCUAUUGCCCAACCCCAACGGCUGAUAUUUCGCAACCGCAAAGCAGCCAGGGUCCACCAACGCCCACUCGUCGACUCCGAGCUGCCAGAUCCAGAAGGGCAAACGGAUGAGCUUGGUCCUGUUUCCAUUGAACCCGAUGAAAAACUGACAAAAGUCACAACAAUUACGGCCGAGGCUGAUACACAUACCAGAGCAACCCCAACAAUUACCAAUGAGCUCUCCCAUAGUGGCACGCUCACCUGGCGGGACGUGACUUUGGAUAUCAGCAUCAAAGGUACGCCACGAAGACUCCUCGAUGAUGUUACUGGCUGGGUCAGUCCUGGGACGUUGACCUGCUUGAUGGGGGUCUCAGGCGCCGGAAAGACAACUCUUCUGGAUACGCUCGCCCAACGCCACAAUACUUUUGGUAAGCUAUCUGGUAGUAUCAUGGUCAACGGUACAGCGCUGAAGGGUUCCUUUCAACGAAAGACAGGGUACGUCCAACAGCAAGACCUCCAUUUACCCACGACCACGGUCCGAGAAGCUCUAAGGUUCUCGGCAAUCCUGAGACAGCCUUCGUCGGUUCCUGCGCAAGAGAAAUUUGAAUACGUCGAAAAGGUCAUCGAGAUGCUGAACAUGGAGGCUUUCAGUGAGGCGGUUGUUGGUCAGCCCGGAGAGGGUCUGAAUGUUGAGCAAAGAAAGCUCCUUACCAUUGGUGUCGAGCUCGCGGCCAAACCAGCUAUUCUUUUUCUCGACGAGCCGACCUCCGGGCUGGACAGCCAAAGUGCAUGGACUAUCGUAUCUUUACUGAGAAAAUUGGCCAACAGCGGACAAGCAAUACUGGCGACGAUCCAUCAACCAUCAGCUACCCUGUUUCAGCAGUUCGAUUCGAUCCUUCUUCUUGCAAAGGGUGGCCGGACCACGUAUUUUGGACCAUUGGGGCCUGAUUGCCGGACACUCACAGGGUAUUUCGAAGCCGCGGGCGCCCCAACUUGUGACGCAGAAGAGAAUCCUGCGGAGUAUGUCCUCGGUGUUGUGGGCGAAGGGUCUCACGACUGGCCAGAACUUUGGAAAACCAGUGAAGCCUGCGCUGGUAUCAGAAGCAGAGUUCAAUCUACCAUGCAGGCUGAGCACAACAAGUCUGACGACCUAGAUGACGAUCGAGAGUAUGCCGCUGCUCUGCCAACUCAGCUGCGUUACGUCCUCGUCCGACUCUUCCAGAACUAUUGGCGGACUCCUGGGUACAUUUAUGCCAAGUUUCAAGCAAGCAUCAUGGCCGCUUUGUUCAUCGGGUUCACUUUCUUCCUCCCGAACUCUUCUGAGACUGCAAUGCAGAACACGGUAUUCUCCAUUUUCAUGCUCAAUGCCACUUUCUCCACAGUUGCCAACCAGAUCAUGUCGCGCUUCAUCCCUCAACGCUCACUGUUCGAAUUGCGCGAAGCCCCCUCUAAGAUGUACAGCUGGUUCAGCUUCGUUCUUGCGAACAUUGUCGUUGAGAUCCCAUACCAAACGUUCCUGUCCGUCAUCGUCUGGGCCUGUUGGUAUUUCCCCAUAUUUGGCUACCAUCAAUCAAGUCAUACCCAAGGCUUGAUGUAUACCUUCGUGUUACAGUUCCUGCUGUUUGCAUCCACGUACGCACAGAUGAUCAUCUUCACGAUGCCAAGUACGGAGACAGCUGCGGCUCUUUCGACACUACUGUUCACCAUCACACUUCAGUUCAAUGGCGUUUUGCAGACACCGACGGCGUUGCCGGGGUUCUGGAUCUUCAUGUGGCGGGUGUCGCCUUUCACCUAUUUGAUCGGAGGUUGGGCUGGAACGGGACUCAAAGACCGACCCGUUAUCUGCGCGCACAAUGAGUUGGCCAUUUUCGACCCACCCAGCGGCCAGACUUGCGGAAGUUAUCUCCAGAGAUACAUCAACGGAGGAGCGCCUGGAGCAUUGUACAACCCCAAUGCCACAGAAAGCUGCGAAUAUUGUCCUAUCCGGAACGCCAAUCAAUUCCUUGCAGGCUCUUCCAUCUCCCCGUCCGACCAGUAUAGGAAUUUAGGUAUCCUGUUCGCCUACAUUGGGUUCAACAUGCUGGCCGCCAUGUUCUUAUACUAUAUUUUCCGAGUCAGAAGAGUGUCACUUCUCGCAGGGCGAAAGCCAAGGAAUGCGAAGAAGGCGAAGAACGAAAAGACGAAGGAGGAUAAUACGCCACGCUGGAGUAUGAUUGGAUUUUACUACCAUCUCGCACUGAGCAUCCUGAGAAAUAUUGUGAAGUCAAACUACACGGUAUGA